AUGAGCCAGCAAGCUGAAUCUGGACUUCUUUUGUACACUUGGGGUACUCCAAACGGCAAGAAGGUAUCAGUCUAUCUUGAGGAACUCAAGGCCGCAUAUGGGCUCAAAUACUCGUAUAAACCAAUUGAUAUUACGACUAACAUUCAGAAAGAGGACUGGUACAUCAAGAUCAACCCGAACGGUCGAAUUCCAGCACUGGUAGAUUACAAUCGUGGAGGGUUCAAGGUGUUUGAAAGUGCAGCCAUCUUGCUGUACCUCGCGACGCCCUACGAUACCGACCGCAAGUUUUGGUUCCCUGUGGGAAGUGACGAUGAGAGUGAGGGUCUGCAAUGGAUAUUCUUCUCACAUGGAGGGAUCGGUCCCAUGCAGGGUCAAGCCGAUCAUUUUGCAAUAUAUGCCAAGGAAAAGAUCCCAUAUGCGAUUGAGCGUUACGUCAACGAAACAAAGCGUUUAUACUCGGUGCUCGAGAUUCGUCUCAAAGACAGAGACUAUCUGGCGGGUCCAGGACGUGGAACGUACUCUAUCGCAGACAUAAACUGCUUCCCAUGGGUCGAUAUUCACGGCUUGAUCGACAUUAAGACGCUCGACGAAUGGCCUGGUGCAUGGAUGGAACGCAUCAAAGUGCGUCCUCAAGCACAGGCGGGACUCGCGAUCCCCAAGAAAGAGUAA